AUGGCGGCCAAGUGGUUCAGGGAGUUCCCCUCCAGUCUGAAGACGGCUUCGGAGCGGGCCAGGCCGGGCAGCGGGAGCCUGGGCAAGCUGGGCAGCGCCUCCCGGAAGCCCCUGGGCCCCGCCGAGCCGGGCCCCGGCCCAGUGCAGGGCAAAAACCGCAAGAACUCGGCGGCCGAGCUGGGGGGCUGCCGGGCGGCUCCGGGGCCCGGCAAGGAUGGCGGCAGCAGGCUGUCCCGGGACAACCUGCAGGGGCUGAUCCAGGCCGCCACGGGCAAGAUGCGCAAGAACUCACGGGCGGAAGGCAGCCCCCAGGAGGGCGCCCCCAAGGGCCCCGGCUGCAGCACCUACAUGAACCGGCUCAUCAAGGUGGACGCCCAUGAGAAGAAUGGGAAAAGCUACCCCAGCAGUAGCCCAGCGCCCAGCCCGGCGCCGGAGGAGGACAAGGGCAAGAGCCCUAAGCAGGAGACGGUCAUCAUUCUGGAGGACUACGCCGACCCGUACGACGCCAAGCGCACCAAGGGCCAGCGGGAGGCGGAGCGGCUGGGGGAGAACGACGGGUACAUGGAGCCCUACGACGCGCAGCAGAUGAUAACAGAAAUCCGCAGGCGGGGCUCCAAGGACCCAUUGGUCAAAGCCAUCCUGCUGCUGGACGGGCCUGGGGAGCCGGGGGAGGGCGGCCCCCGGCCGGACGCGGCGCCCAAGCGGCAGGGCUCCAAGGAGCAGCUGGGGAAGGCCCCGCCGCAGCUCUAUGACACCCCCUAUGAGCCCGGGGAGGCGCCGGCCAGCACCCCGCAGGACAGGAGGGCGCGGGCGGUGGACAACCGGCUCCCUGAGAACGACGAGCGCCCUGCCGCAGAGUACGAGCAGCCCUGGGAGUGGAAGAAGGAGCAGAUAGUGAAGGCUCUGUCAGUCCAGUUUGAGGGAGCGGAGCGGGCGGGCGCCCCCAAGGACGAGGCGCUGCGGCAGCACCGUCGCCAGAAGAGCUGGACUCCCAAGACCCUGAAGCCGACGCUCCCAGACCACGGCGAGGGCGAGCGAGUGGACCCAGCCCUGGCGCUGGAGAAGCAGCCCUGGUACCAUGGAGCCAUCACCCGGGCCGAGGCCGAGAGCCGGUUGCAGCCCUGCAAAGAGGCCGGUUACUUGGUGCGGACCAGCGAGACGGGGAAUGGCAAAUACUCCAUCGCGCUCAAGACCAGUCAGGGAUGCGUCCACAUCAUCGUGGCCCAGACCAAGGACAACAAGUACACGCUGAGCCAGACCAGCGGGGUCUUCGGCAGCGUCCCCGAGGUGGUGCAUCACUACUCCACCGAGAAGCUGCCCUUCAAAGGGGCGGAGCACAUGACCCUGCUGCACCCGGUGCACAGCCAGCUGCAUUAG